GUCUCCUGGUUGGGACUCUGGAUGUGGUUCUGGACUCCAGUGCCAGAGUGGCUCCGUACAGGAUCCUGCUGCAGACUGCGGAUUCUCAGAUCUACUGGAACAUCGCCUGUGGUUCAUCCAGGAAGGAGAUCACGGAGCACUGGGAUUGGCUGGAGUCCAACCUGCUGCAGACCAUCUCCAUCUUUGACAACGAUGAAGACGUCACCACCUUUGUCAAAGGAAAGAUCUCUGGCAUUAUCGCAGAGGAGAACCGGCUGAAGCAGGGGGAGGAGCAGGAGGAGGAUUGUGGGAAGUUUCGGGAGGCAGAGCUGAAGAUGAGGAGGCUGUUUGGGAUGCCUGACGAGGAGAAGCUGGUGAAUUAUUACUCCUGCAGCUACUGGAAGGGCCGAGUGCCACGACAGGGCUGGCUCUACCUGUCCGUCAACCACCUGUGCUUCUACUCCUUCCUGCUGGGCAAGGAGGUGACCCUGGUGGUGCAGUGGACGGAGGUGACACAGCUGGAAAAGAACGCCACCCUGGUGUUUCCAGAGAGCGUUCGUGUCAGCACACGUGACACCGAACAUUUCUUCUCUAUGUUCCUUAAUAUUAACGACACCUUCAAGCUCAUGGAGCAGCUUGCCAACAUCGCCAUGCGCCAGCUACUCGACAACGAGGCGUUUGCUGCUGACCGCUCACUGCCCAAACCCUGCAAAACUCUCAAGAACGUCUCCGCACUCAAGAGGGAUUUGGACGCACGGGCAAAGAACGAGCGGUACAGGACGAUGUUCAGGCUGACGCAGGACGAACGUCUGGACGGACACACAGACUGCACACUGUGGACGCCGUUCGCUAAGAUGCAUGUGGUUGGACAGCUGUUCAUCUCCAACAACUACAUCUGUUUUAACAGCAGAGAAGAAGACCUGUGUCAGCUCAUCAUCCCACUCAGAGAGGUGUCCAUUGUGGAGAAGGCAGACAGCAGCAGCGUCCUGCCGUGUCCCGUCUCCAUCAGCACCAAGAACAAGAUGAACUUCCUGUUCGCCAACCUCAAAGACAGAGACUUCCUGGUUCAACGCAUCUCGGACUUCCUGCAGCGAACACCCGACAGCUCGUGGGGUGACACAAGCCCGCUGUCUCUGAUUGCUCACUCAGCAUCCUCCAGCACCCCCUUGUCCUCAUCUGCAGGGUCUGAGUCUGUCCACAGGGGGCGCCAUUACCACCCAGGUCUGCCCACAGCCAGCCAGGGUCUGCUGCAGCUCUACCACCGAGACACUCCUGAGGACCUGGGACCCAAAGCUAUGAAGGAGAAGAUGAAAGAGGAGGCAUGGAACAUCCAUUUCUCCGAGUUUGGUCGAGGUGUCUGCAUGUACCGAACCUCCAGAACAAGAGAACUCGUCCUUAACGGGAUCCCGGAGCGCCUGAGAGGGGAGCUGUGGCUACUGUUCUCUGGAGCACAGAACGAAAUGGCGACCCACCCUGGUUAUUAUGGCGACCUGGUGGAGCAGGCCAUGGGGCUGUGUUCGUUAGCUACAGAGGAGAUCGAACGUGACCUACACCGUUCGAUGCCUGAGCACCGAGCCUUCCAGAACGAGACAGGCAUCGCUGCACUGCGCCGUGUCCUCACUGCUUACGCCCACCGCAACCCCGGAAUCGGAUACUGUCAGGCGAUGAACAUUGUCACCUCCGUCCUGUUGCUCUACUGUCCGGAGGAGGAAGCCUUCUGGCUGUUGGUGGCGUUGUGUGAGCGGAUGCUGCCUGACUACUACAACACCAGAGUCGUAGGUGCUCUGGUGGAUCAGGGGGUGUUUGAGGAGCUGACCCGAGCCUUCCUCCCCCUGCUGUAUGAACACAUGCAGGAGCUGGGAGUCAUCUCAACCAUCAGCCUGUCCUGGUUCCUCACACUCUUCCUGUCUGUAAUGCCCUUUGACAGCGCCGUCUUAUUGGUUGAUUGCUUCUUCUAUGAGGGAAUCAAGGUCAUCUUCCAGGUGGCGCUGGCGGUGCUCCAUGACAACAUGGAUGCCCUGCUGUCCUGCAGUGACGAGGGGGAAGCCAUGACCAUCCUGGGCAGGUACCUGGAUAACGUUGUGAAUAAACAGACGGUGGCUUCACCCAUCCCUCACUUGCACGCCCUGCUGACGAGUGGAGACGAUCCUCCACCUGAGAUCGACAUAUUUGACCUCAUCAAGUCAUCCUACGAGAAGUUCGGCAGCUUGCGCUCUGAUGUCAUCGAGCAGAUGAGGUUCAAGCAGAGGUUAAAGGUCAUCCAGUCGCUUGAGGACACGGCCAAGAGGAGCGUGGUGAGAGCGAUGAUGACGGAGUCCGCCUUCAGUAUCGAGGAGCUGGAGGAGCUGUACUGUCUCUUUAAGUCCAAACACAUGACGAGCUGUUAUUGGGGGUCCAGCAGCUCCGCAGCAGAGCGUCAUGAUCCAAGUCUGCCAUACCUGGAACAGUACCGCAUCGACCCAGCUCAGUUCACCCAGCUGUUCGCCGCACUCGCUCCCUGGAUCUGUGGAGCCCACACUGCCACACUGUCGGCCCGCCUCUUCCGACUCCUGGACCAGAACCAGGAUGGACUGGUCAACUUCAAAGAGUUUAUCACUGGACUCAGUGGGAUGUAUCACGGAGACAUGACAGAGAAACUCAAACUGCUGUACAAGCUCCACCUCCCACCAGCUCUGUGUCCUGAGGAGGCGGAGUCUGCUCUGGAGGCAACACAGUUCUUCACUGAGGAGGUACCGAGAGACACUUCCUUCCUGUCUGAUCUGGACAUUUUGGGGCAGAAGGAAGUGAAAUCAGGUGAGGAGGGGAAUAAUGGAGGCGGAGACGGUGAGGACAAGAAAGAGGAGAAGGUGAAGGACUACAGGUACUAUUUGAGGAUGUGGGCAAAAGAGAAAGAACCCAAGACUGAGACCAUCAAAGACCUUCCCAGGAUGAACCAGGAGCAGUUCAUUGACCUGUGUAAGACUCUCUACAAUAUGUUCAGUGAAGAGUCUCUGGAGCAGCAGCUCUAUCACUCCAUCGCCACUGUAGCAAGUCUGCUUCUGCGGAUCGGAGAGGUUGGCAAGAAGUUUAACAACGGCAGCAAGAAGACAGAUGAUGCUCAGGCCCCGCCCCCCACUCCUCAGAGUGAAGAGGGGCUUAGUGAAGGGACUUCAGGUGAGUCUCAGGUGUGUCGGGCUCUGGCCGAGGCUCAGCUGGAGCCAGCGACGCCGCAGACGUCCGACGAGGAAACCAAAGACGACACUUCAGUGUCGUCUUACUCGGUGGUGAGCUCUGGCUCGCUGCAGUGCGAGGACAUCGCAGACGACACUGUGCUGAUUGGCGGCGGUGAGCAGAGGCGCGGAAGCGUGCUGGAUGUUGAUUGGUCAAUCACCUUCGAGCAGGUGCUGGCGUCAAUGCUGACAGAGCCGCCGCUCGUCGACUACUUCGAGAAGAAGACAGACAUCCAGAGCAAGAUGGCAGCCUGUAAGGCCCAGCGGGCUGUGGAGCGUCAGACAAGCUCCGCCUCUGACCACGAACUCACUCAGCAUUCCGUCUGACUCACCUGUCCACCUAACUCAUUUGAUUCACCUGUCUGACCUCCACCUGUCUCGCCUGACUCACCUCUACUUGUCCACACUAGCCUCUCUCUAACAGGUAGAACAAGUGUACAGUAUGCAGACAGAACUACAGAAGCCCCAAAGUCCCAAAACGUCAUUUUAUUUUUUUAUAUGUUGAACAAACAAACCUUUUGUUUUGUUUUUUAAAAUGUGAGCAGGUAAACGAAAACAACGUUAAAGUUAAUCAAUAUGUAGAUUAAUGUUGUAAGCAUUAAUCAAUAAGUAGAUCAAUGUAAACAAACUUUAUGGACUCCGUUAUAAAGCGACUGAAGUUAUCUAUAAAUAUAGUUGUUUACUUUCUGUACAGUUGACAAACAUUACCUGUUUAUUAAUAAUGAGUAUUACCUGAAGACUUUUAUUUUGACGUCACUGAAGCCUUGUUUGUUUGUUUGUUGGUUUGUUUGUUUGUCUCUCCUGCCUGUUCCUGAUGACAUCAGUCCUGUUUACUUCCUGUUGUUGAAACGAUGAUGUCACAGGUCUGUGUUUAUUCACCAGUCUGCUUUUAAGAUCCAUUUUAUUGAUCAGUUAUUGAUCUGUAUUCUGUUGUCUAAUAAAUACUGAAAGAAA